AUGACUUUUUGUCACAAAGCAGAAAAUUUAAGUUUAUGCGCAAGGGGUUGCGGCUACUAUGGUAACCCAAGCAAUCACAAUCUCUGUUCCCAAUGCUAUAAAGUUUUCUUGAAAGAAGAAGCCGCCAAGAGUGCAAUAGCUUUAUCUGAAAAGUUAUCUUUUCUUACUGUUGAUGAUACUGUUAAAACUGGAAACGACGAUGGUUUGACGAUGAAAACAAAGACAGAAAGGUGCAAGAGUUGUAAGAAGAAAGUGGGAUUAAUAGGGUUCAGUUGUAAGUGUGGUGGAAUGUUUUGUAGGAUUCAUAGGUACCCAGAGGAACAUGCAUGCACAUUCAAUUUCAAGUCUAUGGGACGUGCUCGUUUGGCUAUGGAAAAUCCUCUAUGUAAAGCUGAUAAACUUGAGUAUAGGAUCUAA